CGCGCUGGACCGGCUCGUCUCGUUCUGUCCCAAUCAUUGUAAACAGGCGGAGGCUGGGCGGGGUGGGAAUGGGGCGCCCGAGGCCCGCCUGGGGCGCAGCGCAGGAGGCGGCUGCGGUGGCUGCGGCGGCAGAGUGAGCACGAAGAGGUGGCGGCUGCGGCGGGGCGGGCGGUCGCGCGGCGGCAGGUACAGGUGUAAUGGAUAGGUAACAGAGAAGACCUCGUUCCUUCCCAGUCAGGACAUCAGCAUGACAGAGUGCUUCCUACCCCCAACCAGCAGCCCCAGUGAACACCGCAGGGUGGAGCAUGGCAGUGGGCUUACCCGGACCCCCAGCUCUGAAGAGAUCAGCCCUACUAAGUUUCCUGGAUUGUACCGCACUGGCGAGCCCUCACCUCCCCAUGACAUCCUCCAUGAGCCUCCUGAUAUAGUGUCUGAUGAUGAGAAAGACCAUGGGAAGAAAAAAGGAAAAUUUAAGAAAAAGGAAAAGAGGACUGAAGGCUAUGCAGCCUUUCAGGAAGAUAGCUCUGGAGAUGAGGCAGAAAGUCCUUCUAAAAUGAAGAGGUCCAAGGGAAUCCAUGUUUUCAAGAAGCCCAGCUUUUCUAAAAAGAAGGAGAAGGAUUUUAAAAUAAAAGAGAAACCCAAAGAAGAAAAGCAUAAAGAAGAAAAGCACAAAGAAGAAAAGCAUAAAGAGAAGAAGUCUAAAGACUUGACAGCAGCUGAUGUUGUUAAACAAUGGAAGGAAAAGAAGAAAAAGAAAAAGCCAAUUCAGGAGCCAGAGGUGCCUCAGAUUGAUGUUCCAAAUCUCAAACCCAUUUUUGGAAUUCCUUUGGCUGAUGCAGUAGAGAGGACCAUGAUGUAUGAUGGCAUUCGGCUGCCAGCCGUUUUCCGUGAAUGUAUAGAUUACGUAGAGAAGUAUGGCAUGAAGUGUGAAGGCAUCUACAGAGUAUCAGGAAUUAAAUCAAAGGUGGAUGAACUAAAAGCAGCCUAUGACCGGGAGGAGUCUACAAACUUGGAAGAAUAUGAGCCUAACACUGUAGCUAGUUUGCUGAAGCAGUAUUUGCGAGACCUUCCAGAGAAUUUGCUUACCAAAGAGCUUAUGCCCAGAUUUGAAGAGGCUUGUGGGAGAACCACGGAGACUGAGAAAGUGCAGGAAUUCCAGCGUUUACUCAAAGAACUGCCAGAAUGUAACUAUCUUCUGAUUUCUUGGCUCAUUGUGCACAUGGACCAUGUCAUCGCAAAGGAACUGGAAACAAAAAUGAACAUACAGAACAUUUCUAUAGUGCUCAGCCCAACUGUGCAGAUCAGCAAUCGAGUCCUAUAUGUGUUUUUCACACAUGUGCAAGAACUCUUUGGAAAUGUGGUACUAAAGCAAGUGACAAAACCUCUGCGAUGGUCUAACAUGGCCACGAUGCCCACACUGCCAGAGACCCAGAUGGGCAUCAAGGAGGAGAUCAGGAGACAGGAGUUUCUUUUGAAUUGUUUACAUCGAGAUCUGCAGGGUGGGAUAAAGGAUUUAUCUAAAGAAGAAAGAUUAUGGGAAGUACAAAGAAUUUUGACAGCCCUCAAAAGAAAACUGAGAGAAGCUAAAAGACAGGAGUGUGAAACCAAGAUUGCACAAGAGAUAGCCAGUCUUUCAAAAGAGGAUGUUUCCAAAGAAGAGAUGAAUGAAAAUGAAGAAGUUAUAAAUAUUCUUCUUGCUCAGGAGAAUGAGAUCCUGACUGAACAGGAGGAGCUCCUGGCCAUGGAGCAGUUUCUGCGCCGGCAGAUUGCCUCAGAAAAGGAAGAGAUUGAACGCCUCAGAGCCGAGAUUGCUGAAAUUCAGAGUCGCCAGCAGCACGGCCGCAGCGAGACUGAGGAGUACUCCUCUGAGAGCGAGAGUGAGAGUGAGGAUGAGGAGGAACUGCAGAUCAUUCUGGAAGAUUUACAGAGACAGAACGAAGAGCUGGAAAUAAAGAACAAUCAUUUGAAUCAAGCAAUUCACGAGGAGCGUGAGGCCAUCAUCGAGCUGCGAGUGCAGCUCCGGCUGCUCCAGAUGCAGCGAGUCAAGGCCGACCAGCAGGCACAGGAGGACGAGGAGCCCGAGUGGCGUGGGGGUGCUGUCCAGCCGCCCAGAGAUAGCGUCCUUGAACCGAAAGCAGCUAAAGAGCAGCCAAAGGCAGGCAAGGAGCCGGUGAAGCCAUCGCCCAGCAGGGACAGGAAGGAGACGUCCAUCUGAGCAGCUUGCACGGCCAUCCGGAGUCCGUGAGACUGAAAGGACCUGUGCAUCUUACUGUAACCUGGGGGCCAGGCUGGCUCUCUCGCUGUACAUUCUGUAAAGGUGUCUUCUUCUCUUCUCAGACUCUUCCUCUGUUACAUGUCUGACUCCUUCACAUCAGGCUCAGGUUCCGUGGGAGGAUGAAGCAGUGGACGCAUUGUGGGCUUUAGGGACAGAUGAGUUUUCCAGAUAGUGUCAGCUUAUUUGAAGAUUAAUUUUCUUUGUUAACUUAAAAUAACUAUUUUAACCCUU